AUGACGUCCACCUUUACUGUUAUCCCGUCUCAGCACCUCAACGGUGGUCGACUGGGUAUGCCUGACCAACGACCCGUUACCACCCAGGGAGCCCGCCCCGGGACCUCAUCGCCGGCCGCAACCUUAAACCAUCUCUCCCCCUCUGCCCACUGCGGCAUCCGCUCAACGCCUCCUACAUUUCAGGGCACGAACACAUCGACUGGGUCUACGCCCGACAGUAUUCAGUACCAGGCAAGCGACUUUAGUCACAGUGACGUCGGCGACGAUUUCUUGGGCGUUAACUUUGGCGACGCCCACGGCGGGGUACCGUCCUUCCUCGGAGGGAGUCUCCACUCGUCUCUUUACGACUUUGCUUUUGAUCAGUCCCUUACAGAGAACACAUUCAACCCUCCCCUCGUGUCAUCUCUCUCGUCAACCAGCCAAACCUAUCCCUUGAGCCCGGAUCCUUCGUUACAUACCGUGUCGCCUCCUGUUCAAAGGAGGUUGUCGGGGGAUGUCCUGUUGCCAAAAUCGGCUGUAAUGCUCCCCCAGUCGCAAUUCACACCGGACACCAGCGACAGCAUUCCUUCCAGCGACGACGGAAUAGCGCCAACCAUGUCUCACAUGUCGGCGCAAAGCCCACGGGUAACCGUAUCCAUGUGGGGAAGGGACGACAAUGCCGACGAAGGUACUAUGGAUGCAAAGCUCAUGGGCUUCGCCGCUCCGCUGGAUGCGAACUCAGGGUUAGGUGCUGUCAAUUUACCCUUAGCAACGCAUUUCGAGGUCUCCCGCGAUGGGGGAGGCAAAUGGAUGCCAGACACUGCCACAGGUCAGGGCGGACUGAACCCCUGUAGUCGUUCUGCAGCUCAGACCCCCAGCCCGAAUGAUCUGGCAGCGGCUCGCGAGGUCCAAGAUAAAAACAGCGUCGUCGACAACUGGCUAUCGGCUACUGCAGAAACAUCAUCCGGGUCGGAUGGCGAGGGAAGGCCCGAGUCGCUUUACGGUGUGGGCGUUCCCGAUCGUGAAAUCGGUCUUGGAAGUGACACUAGGAAUGCGACCAAGGCAGGUCAGACCUAUUUCCGCGAAGAUGCGUCGGGGCCGAUGACACAGGACGACGUGCAGAUUUUGCUCAGUAGUCGGGUUUGGGGCGACUCACCGACUGUUCUGCCGAUAGUGGCGGGAGCAACCACUCCCACCCAACCGAAAACUGCAACAGAGGCUGUGGCCAAGUUUGAGGCCGCGUGCCGAGACAAUGACUCCAUUGUUUCGAGAGCAGCAACCUGGGGCACCCGGCGUCGGAGCCUACCGAGUAUUGUAGACAUGGAGGGUAUUGUUAGUGGCAGCUGGGUUAAGAAGCUCUCAAUCAGCCACGCCGAACCCAAAAAGCCUAACAACUUCCUGGAUGAGCUAUUUAAAGUGGUGCGCAGACGACCAAGCGCCUCGGGGUUGGCUAACCUCAAGCGUUCUUUCACCGGUCAGGGUGAUGAUGAUGCGGUAAGCCCGGCAAUCGAGAGGCGGGAGAGCGGUGACAGGCUCGCGCCCCCAUCUCGCUCUCCUAGCUGGGGUAAGAGGCCUGUGCCGAGCAUUAACACUGCUCUCGUGGAAAUGGGAAACAACUUUGCCGCCAUAGGGACCGCUCAUGCUCGGAGUGGAUCCAUCAGCUCAACCACACCAGUUGUCUCUCCGAAGAGUCCGUUUGGACUCAAAGUUAAUACAUUCCGUCGCCGUGCCAAGUCCGACCUCCCUGCCAGGCCAAAAGGCAGCAGCUCGGUCUCCAACAUUGCAGGCAUGUGGAUGAAGGCAGGAGGUCCCCCGGUGGCCAAUCUAGCCAACACAGUGGGCGUCACGGAUCACGAAGACGACGACGAAGAUGAAGAUGAUCAGGAUGAUGGUGAGAUGAGUUCGGAUGGCACAAAGUUGAUAGAUGAUGUUGCCCCAAACCUUGCUGGAUUUUCGGAACACAUACUCAAGUUAAAUCCCAUGCUCGCUGAGCAAAACAACUAUCUGGUGGAACGCAUAGCAUAUCAGCAGAUUGCGCGGUACAAGAGUCUUUUGACUCAUAAAGUCAAGCAUAUGGGUAGCGUACAGGACAGAAACUGCCCGUGUGGUAAGCUUUGUAUCGCCCUGGGUGGUUCUGCUGUCCCACUUGAGAACAAAGGAGCACAUGACCCUUGGUCUGCCAGGAUCCACGGCUCCGAUGAAGACUUAUCGACACCACUGGAAGGCGCCAUUGGGCAGGACAGCUUCCCUCGCGAUAUACCGAUGCCACCAACCCAGACGCUGCCCGCCGAAUUUGAAUGCCAAUUAUGCUUUCAGUGCAAGAAGUUCCAGAAGCCUUCGGACUGGACGAAGCAUGUGCACGAGGAUGUCCAGCCAUUUACUUGUACUUGGGAUAGGUGCAGGGAGCCCAAGAUCUUCAAGCGGAAGGCGGAUUGGGUCCGACACGAGAAUGAGGGCCACCGACACCUGGAAUGGUGGACCUGUGACGUUGCCGAUUGUCGACACACAUGCUAUCGCCGUGAUAACUUUUUACAACACCUCGUUCGCGAGCACAAGUUCCAGGAGCCGAAGGUCAAGACCAAGGCUGCCAUCAAGCGUGCGGGGGGAUUGGAUCGCACAUGGCAAAAAGUUGAAAGUUGUCAUGCGGAAACCCGAGCACGGCCACAAGAUGAGCCAUGCCGGUUCUGUGGAAAGACUUUUCCGACAUGGAAGAAGCUUACUGUGCAUCUCGCCAAACACAUGGAGCAGAUAAGCCUCCCUAUUCUGAGGCUUGUUGCUCGUAAACAUUUGGAUGCCGAUACAAUCGUUAGUCCGGUCCAGGAACCACCACAACGGCCUUUUGCUGCCAUCUCUCCUGCGCACGAUCAACCACAGACUCAUCUGCACGCCCAAAGAGGUUUGCCUCAACAGCCUACCCACCUGCAAAUGCCAGGGCACCAAAGGCACAGUCCAAUCACUUAUUCAGUUCAGCAACCUCAGUUCCCUUAUAGUGUAACGUCUCCUGAUACCGGGGGGCCCUUUGUCAGUCCCCAAUUCCACCACACUCCAGCCCCAAGCUUCAAUCACGGUUUAAGCAGCCUACAAUCCCUAGAUACGACAGGUGUGUUGGGCAUGCCGAACGUCAGCCCAAGCUCUGCGUACCAGACGCCCCAUCAGACAGGCUUUCUUGACCUGCCAGUUUCGGCCAACUCUUUUGGCGGGUUGACUACACCUCAGCGGCCGUUUGGUCUCUCCGUUACUACGAACGGCCUAGAGCCUUUUCCCCAGAUGGCAAUCAGCUCCGCGCCGCUUCACGACAGCACCACGGCCUUGAACUUUGAUUGUGGCUUGAUGAGCGCCGGAGCUGGCAUGGGCGGCCAAUUUCAAGGACGGACCUCUCCAUACCCUCAAAGUGCAGACCGUCAGCAAGCGGGCGGAGGCAGUUUUUACCAGUAA